AUGUGCAGGGAGAAGGCGGCGGAGACAGUCAGACAUUUCACACAACUUGAUGAAAGUGAAGAUGACAUGGAGAUUUCAGAACAGAUUAAGACUCAUUGGACUUCCCUGGGCCUGGAAGAUGUACAAGUUGUGAAUUACUCGGUGCUGCUCAGUCUGCCAGGCCCUUCCCCCAGCACUGUGACUCUGACCAGCAGCGGGCAGUGCUUCCACCCUAAUGGCCGGCCUUGCAGCCAAGAAGCCAGAGAAGGCAGCAGCCAAGAUCAGCUCUACUCGUAUGCAGCCUAUUCUGCCAGAGGAACUCUCAAGGCUGAAGUCAUCGAUGUGAGUUAUGGAACUGCAGAUGAUUUAAAAAGGAUUAAAAUCAUGAAAAAUGUAACAAAUCAGAUUGCACUCCUGAAAUUAGGAAAAUUGCCACUGCUUUAUAAGAUUUCCUUAUUGGAAAAGGCUGGAUUUGGAGGUGUCCUUCUAUACAUUGAUCCUUGUGAUUUACCAAAGACUGCAAAUCUCAGCCACGAUGGCUUCAUGGUGUCACUGAAUCCGGGAGGAGACCCUUCCACGCCUGGUUACCCGAGUGUUGAUGGAAGCUUCAGACAAAACCUUUGGAACCUCACCUCUGUGUUGGUGCAGCCCGUCUCUGCAUCCCUGGUUGCAAAACUCAUCUCUUCAGGGAAAGCUAGAACCCCAAACAAUGUCUGCAGCCCUCUAGAGCUCCCAAAGAAUGAAAAAAGAGUUGUCAGCAUGCAAGUUCAAACAGUCACAAAAUUCAAACCGGUCACUAAUGUUGUUGGGUAUUUAAGGGGCUUUGUGUCCCCAGACCGCUAUGUCAUAGUUGGCAGCCGCCAUCACACUGCACACAGUUUUAACGGGCAGGAGUGGGCCAGCUCCACUGCGGUGAUGCUGGCCUCCAUCCGGGCCUUGACGUUCAGAGCUGAGAGAGGGUGGAGACCAGACCGCACUAUUGUUUUCUGCUCCUGGGGAGGAACAGCUUUUGGCAAUAUUGGCUCAUAUGAAUGGGGAGAGGAUUUCAAGAAGGUUCUGCAGAAAAAUGCAGUGGCUUACAUUAGUCUCCACAGUCCCGUAAGGGGUAACUCAAGUCUGCACCCCAUGGCGUCACCCGCUCUCCAGCAACUGCUAGUGGAGAAAAAUAAUUUCAACUGUACCCGGAGAGCUCAGUGCCCAGAAACCAAUGUCAGUUCUGUACAGAUACAAGGUGACGCUGAUUAUUUCAUCAACCAUCUUGGAGUUCCCACCGUGCAGUUUGCUUAUGAAGACGUGGAGGCAUUGGAGGGUCCAAGUUUUCUCUCUGAAGCACUUUUUCCUAGACAUGCAACAAAAAUUGAAGAAAUGGAUCCUUUUUUCAAUCUUCAUGAAAUGAUCACCAAGAGUUAA